AUGAAAGCUUCCACGAUCUUCCCCGUUAUCCUGCUCUCCCUCUCUCCCCUGCCCCUCGCCAUCGCCGAGCCCGACAACGACUACCAAAACUCUCUCGCCUGCGCCAAACGCAACCCCUCCAUCAAUGCCGCGAUCUCUGCCUUCUGUGACAAGAAGGAUGCAUCCGGAAACCUCUCCAACGACCUCUUCGUUCCUUCGCCUUACGCCUCAGACGGAAAGGUAUCGGGAGGAGUGAAAGUCUCCAUUGGGGGCUCCUGUUCUCCGAAGCAGUAUGUUCCCUUGCAAUACUGCGGGUUGCAGUUCCAUGAGAUUUGCAAAGAUGGCCAGAGUCACAGGAGGUUUGGGAGGGGAGGAUGUCAGGUUUGGAAGAUUGAGAGUGGAGCUGAGGCAAUCGCUGCGGUGUUGGAGGGAGAGUAA